UUCAACAUUAACAAAAUUGACAGCAAAAACAGAGAGAGAGAGAGAGAGAGCAGAGCAAUGGCAAGAAAGAGAGCUUCGGAACCAACAACAAUAACAACAACAAAAGAAGCAAUUGUUACAAGCGAUAAAGAAACCAAACCUCCUCCUCCUCUUCCUCGAGAAACAAGCAAUGACCAACCAAUUGCACCACCAAAAAAAGGAUUCAUUUUUAAGCUCUCUCUUUUACUUAUAGCCCCAUACUUUUACUUACUCUUAUUACACUACCAGAUCCAACAUGACCUCAUCAAACCUAUUCUUAUCAAUGCUGGUCUUAGUCUUGCUGGUUUUUUUCUCACCGUUAAGAUGAUUCCUGUGGCUUCUAAAUAUGUUUUGCGAAGGAACUUGUUUGGCUAUGAUAUUAACAAGAAGGGUACUCCUCAAGGGACUGUUAAAGUGCCUGAAUCAUUGGGUAUUGUCGUCGCUGUGGUCUUCAUGGUUUUGACUAUAGUAUUUCAGUUUUUAAACUUCGCGCCAGAUUCCAAUUGGCUUGUUGAGUACAAUGCAGCACUAGCAUCAAUUUGCUUCAUGACUCUACUCGGAUUCAUAGAUGAUGUCCUUGAUGUUCCAUGGAGAGUCAAAUUAUUGCUUCCGUCAAUUGCUGCCCUUCCAUUGCUGAUGGCAUACGCUGGACAUACAACUAUCAUUAUACCAAAGCCUCUUGUUCCAUAUAUUGGGCUCAAGGUUUUGGACCUGGGAUUUAUAUAUAAGAUUUACAUGUGGUUUUUGGCAAUUUUCUGCACAAAUUGUAUUAACAUUCAUGCUGGUAUAAAUGGCCUUGAAGCUGGUCAAACAGUUGUGAUCGCAUCUGCGAUUUUGAUACAUAAUGUCAUGCAAAUUGGAGCGUCUGCGGAUCCUGAGUAUCAACAGGCUCAUGCAUUCUCUGUGUAUCUUGUCCAACCCUUACUGGCAACCUCUUUGGCUUUGCUUUCUUACAAUUGGUAUCCUUCUUCAGUCUUUGUUGGAGAUACUUAUACGUACUUUGCAGGGAUGACGAUGGCUGUUGUUGGGAUUUUAGGCCAUUUUAGUGAAACGCUCCUGAUUUUCUUUUUAGCACAAGUAUUAAACUUCCUCCUGUCAGUUCCUCAGCUUUUUGGCUUCAGGCAUUGUCCAAGACAUCGUCUACCUAGGUUCGAUCCUCAAACAGGACUUCUUACAGGAACAAACGAUGGGACACUUGUUAAUUUUUACUUGAGAAUGUUCGGCAGGAAGACAGAAAAUUCACUUUGCGUGCAUCUUCUUCUUGUUCAGGCACUCGGAUGCUGCAUAUGUUUUGGGCUGAGGUAUUUACUCACCGGUUGGUAUAAAUGAGGAACAUGAUCGAAGAAGCGAUCUUCUGGUUGUAUUCAUUAACAUGCCGAAGGUUUUUCUUACUGCAUAGUUUUGUUGGAUGAUUUGGCAUCACGCUCUAAAGGCAAAUACCGGUCAUCUGGGGAACGUGUUCCAAUUCCAAUGGAGGACAAGCACUUCAAGAUGAUGCCAGGAUUUGUAUAGAAAGAAGCAUGAUGUUUCACUGAGAUUUGACUUUUAAUGCAAUUUUGGGGAUCUUUACAGCGAAGAGACUUGAUGAAGGUAGAGAGUGUUGGCGCCCAUUAGCUCUUGUGUCAUCACUGAAUUGUUUCGGAAGAUUGAUACACCUCUAGUUUCACCAACACCACCUUGUGUUUUCUCUGUUUCUUUCCUCGGUAUACCCUAGCUUUGAGAAAAAGAUGGCUUUCAUGUGUCAAAGCUCCGGCGAAACUGGCGUGCUAGUCCUCUUCCUCUCCAGUGAGAGGAGAGGAAAAGCCACCAACAAUAAGCAAUAACAGAAACUCAUCAAUAUCAUUCUUGCCCUA